AUGGCGGCGACACCAAGUCCACCGAAGCUCUCCUUCAAUCCAUUCAUGGCUCAAUUCACCCUGCCUGAUGAAGUAACGCCAUCCCCCGUGCUUGGACAACAUCCCACUGCUGUCAUCGGGGACCUCCACUCAACCCCUAAACAUCAGGCUGCCACAGUCUCACCUCUCCUUCAUCCAUCCAACAUAUUAGAGAUGUGUGACUUUGAUCCAUCGCCCACCCGAUGUCAGCCACCCGCAGAAACCCCACAGAUACAGAGCGCCAUAACCACUCAUCAGGUGAAAGGAGUAGUUACUUUCACGGGAAAAGAGAAGGGCCCCAAAGUGGAAGACUGGCUACGUGACAUGCAGUACGUCUUGGAGUCCAAGGGCAGGAUGACAGAUCGGGCCCAGCUGCACGACAUAGUACGCCAUACCUCUGGACGAGCUCGAGACGUCAUCCUAAAUCUUGAGAGCCGGACCCCAACGAGAGUAACUGCUGAAAUGGCGUUUGCCGAGCUAGUUGAAGAGUUCGGUGAGGAUACAGUUGCAAACUCGCCCAUAACAAGAUUCUAUAGCCGAACCCAGAAGUCUGGAGAAACAGCUAGCGACUUUGCAAUUACCUUAGAGGCUCUCCUUCGGCGUGUCGAGGUCACCUGCACUCACAAUGGUCGGCAGGACGCUGUUUUUGGGGACAACCGGGACAGCAUGUUGGCUACCCAGUUCAUGGCCGGACUUCGGGACCGGCGUCUCCAUCAAAGGUUGGCCCCAAUGCGGCCCCGUUCAAUGAGGUUUAAAGAUAUCCGGCAGGAACUGCGGGUGAUUGCAGAGGACAACCUCAUGGAAGCCGAGCCGCAGAGGCAAGCCCCGCCCCAACAGAAGGCUGGUUGUUUCAACUGUGGGGAACUUGGUCAUUUCGCCCGUCGCUGUCCAUACAACAAUCUUCGUCAACAGCCCCGUUUUCAGCAGACCUCUGGUGCCCCAAGCUAUAACCAUCAUUUAAACUAG